GAUUGUACUUGGAGACUAGAAAGGAGCACCUUGCCGUUUCAUCCCACAGAGUUGAAAGAAAACUCUUACCAGCUGGCUUAUUUUUGCUCUUACAAGUGCGGAUCCGCUUGCAGAGAGCACACUCAUCCUAGGAGUCUGUCAGAAGGUCGUGCGUAAAGACACUCGCUCUCCAAAUCGGUUUUACGCACCGGAGCAAAAGAGAACCGGCUGCCGUUUUUCUUACAAUUGAAAUCCUUUCCUCAAACUCAACCUGGCACGGUAAAGCCCCUUUAGUGGCCUUUUCUCGCGAGAAAACCCAAAUAACUCCCCCGUUUCACGCGUAAUUUGGCACCAAACAGUUUUUCGUAUGAAUCUCCUCGACCCUUACCUGAAGAUGACGGAGGAACAAGACAAGUGUCUCUCUGAUGCCCCGAGCCCGAGCAUGUCCGAGGACUCCGCGGGCUCUCCGUGCCCGUCCGGCUCGGGCUCCGACACCGAGAACACCCGGCCAUCGGAGAACGGGCUGCUCAUAGCGGACGGUGACUUCAAGAAGGACGAGGAAGAUAAGUUUCCCGCGUGCAUCCGUGACGCUGUGUCCCAGGUGCUCAAGGGCUACGACUGGACCCUCGUGCCUAUGCCCGUGCGCGUUAACGGAUCUUCUAAGAACAAGCCUCACGUUAAGAGACCGAUGAAUGCCUUCAUGGUGUGGGCUCAGGCUGCGCGGAGGAAGCUGGCGGAUCAGUACCCACACCUGCAUAACGCGGAGCUCAGCAAGACUCUGGGGAAACUCUGGAGACUUCUCAACGAAGGGGAGAAGCGGCCGUUUGUGGAAGAGGCUGAGCGUCUCCGGGUGCAGCACAAGAAGGAUCACCCUGACUACAAAUACCAGCCCCGGCGGAGGAAGUCGGUGAAGAACGGACAGAGCGAGUCUGAGGACGGCAGCGAGACGCACAUUUCCCCAAAUGCCAUCUUCAAAGCUCUCCAGCAGGCCGACUCCCCCGCCUCCAGCAUGGGAGAGGUGCACUCUCCAGGUGAGCACUCAGGCUCCCAGGGGCCCCCUACCCCUCCCACCACCCCAAAGACUGAUGUCAGUUCAGGCAAGAUGGACCUAAAGCGUGAAGGUGGCCUCCGCUCUCUGCCCGAAGGCCCCAGCGGACGCCAGCUCAACAUCGACUUCCGUGAUGUGGACAUUGGCGAGCUGAGCAGCGAUGUCAUCUCCCACAUUGAGACCUUCGACGUCAAUGAGUUUGACCAAUACCUCCCCCCUAAUGGGCACCCUGGCUCUGCUAGCGGCCCUGGCAACACCACGCCAGUCAGCUACACCGGCACCUACAGCAUCAGCAGCGGUGCCCCCGUCAGCCCGCAGGCAGGAGUCGCCGCAGCCUGGAUGGCUAAAAGCCAAAAUCAGCAGGGACAACAGCAGCAGCACACCCUGACCACCCUGGGGAGCAGUGGCGGCUCCGAGGUGGCUCAGGCCCAGCACAGGACCCAGAUCAAGACGGAGCAGCUGAGCCCGAGCCACUACAGCGAGCAGCAGGGCUCCCCGCAGCACGUUGCCUACAGCCCCUUCAACCUGCAGCACUACAGCCCCUCCUCCUCUUACCCAGCCAUCUCCAGGGCACAGCAGUACGACUACCCCGACCACCAGGGGGGCAGCGCUGCCGCCGCCACCGCCUCCUACUACAGCCAUGCGGGGGCGGGGCAGGGCUCAGGGCUGUACUCGACUUUCAGCUACAUGAGCAGCCCCAGCCAGAGGCCCAUGUACACGCCCAUAGCCGACAACACAGGGGUGCCCUCCAUCCCUCAGAGCAGCCCGCAGCACUGGGAGCAGGCUCCGGUUUACACCCAGCUCACCAGACCCUGAGCCGCCCCCGGAGACUGAGAGACAGCACACUCACAUAUGAACAAUGACAUGUGCAGCCACACGUACACACGCCGAACACACACACACAGACACUCCAAAACACUUUACUCCAGGGAGAGUUCCUCCUCCAGAGCUGCUCCCUGAAUCAGACACUUGAAUUCGAAGAAGCGGAGAGCUGGACUUGUGAUUGGCUCACGUCGUGCCUUGCUAUUGUAUCUUGAUAGAAACUAUAUAUAUUUUUAGAAAGAUGAAAAGACUUAGGAAAAUCCUCUGUGAGGACUUAUUGAUUGUUGAUAUUUCAGUAGGUACUGUGUAUGUUUCUUUCUGUUUUAUUCCUUCAUACGCUGGCAGUUUGUAACCCAUGGGGUGGGGGUGUAGGGUUUGGGUAAUUAUUUGUACCUGUAGAUAUAAAACGAAAAGCUUUAUAUUUUAAACAGUUCGGCAACUAACCACUCAUGGUAGUGCAGUAUCUGGUUCUCUCUUCAAUUUCAUGCAAGGAGUUCUGUUUUUAGUUUUUUUUUGUUGCUUACUUUUAUGUGCCAUUGAGCAAGUAUGGUUUGUAUUUAAGCUGUUACUUUUUUUUGUUGCUCAACUUAUGUGUCAUGAUCAUUGGAAAAGCUAUUAGGCAAUACAGAGAACGAGAGAGAGAGGCUUGCUUUCACAAUGCUGUGCUGUCGUGACGGGGGAGACUGCAGCCCUUUCCACCAUCCGUGCCUUCGAUUUUUACAUUUUCUCAAACUUUUUGUAUGCGUGUGUGUGUGUGUGUGUGUGUGUGUGUGUGUGUGUGUGUGUGUGUGUGUGUGUGUGUGUGUGUGUGUGUGCGCAAUUGCCACAGCUGAGAUUACGCUUACUGCCCAACAGCGUGUGUUUGACAGCUACAGGAAGUCACCUUUGACCCCCUUUGGGUGUCCCCCCUGCAGUCUCCCACCAUGCUGGUGUCCAAAACACUCCCCUCACCCUUCCAUCUGGUUAAAUCCAGUUUUAAAACUUUAUUUAUUUAUUAGCUUUAAUUUUAUUUGAAAGUAAUUAUUUUGCAUACUAUUCUUAUAACUAAUGAAUCCUUUUUGCAAUGUAGACGGCAUAUAAUCCCCCCCCCCCACACCCAACUUUUAAAAUCUUAGAUUUUCAACCCAGGGGGUACUUAGACAAAAUCGUACAUGCGGUAAUUGUCUUUUUUUGGUUUAUUUAUCUUAUCUAAAUGUCUAUUUUAAGUGUGUAUUUGCCUUUUUCUGAGGGUUGGGGGCGUUAUCUAAUGAAAUGUGUACACAUUAUUUGUUAUUUGUGAAUUUUCUUUGAGUUGGACUUUUAACAAUGGCUGAAAGAACUGGAAAAUGUUAUCUCAGUAACAAGUUAUUUUUUUUUUAUUUUUUUUUUUUUACAGUUUUUCUGUUUCUUGUUUGUGCGAUCACCAGAGGGGCCGACCAUCCUUUUUGCUCUGCAAGCUCCAUUUCCUCUUCUCUUAAUAUCAAAGAAAUUAUCUUCCCAAUUCGCUCCAACUUUUUCCCCUCUGGGAUCUUGCCAUUUAUUUGUACUGUCUUUAAAGAAUCUUUUGUAUAUGUAUUUGCAAUAAAAAAAGAAAAUGCUAUUAAAAAAAA